GAGGCGGCGGGCGCGGGCGGCCGAGCGGAGCCGAGCGCGGCCGAGCCGGGCCGAGCCGGACCGAGCGGAGCCGGGCCGGGCCCAGGAGCGCGCGGACGAUGCGGGCGGCCGUGCGGGGCGCGCGGGGCCGCUGAGCCGCGUCCGGUGGGCGAGCGCGGCGCGGCCAUGGCCGGGGUGGGCUACGCGGCGCCCUGGUGGGCGAGCCUCCUGCACCGGCUGCCGCACCUGGACCUGCGCGGGGAGCCCACCGGCAGCCUCUUCCGGCCCGAGGACGCCGACUACCAGCAGGCACUGCUGCUGCUGGGGGCCACAGCGCUGGCCUGCCUCGCCCUGGAUCUCCUCUUCCUGCUCUUCUACUCCUUCUGGCUGUGCUGCCGGCGGCGCAAGAGCGAUGAGCACCUGGACGCAGACUGCUGCUGCACGGCCUGGUGCGUCAUCAUCGCCACGCUGGUGUGCAGCGCGGGCAUCGCUGUGGGCUUCUACGGCAACGGGGAGACCAGCGACGGCGUCCACCGGGCCACGUACUCGCUGCGUCACGCCAACCGCACAGUGGCGGGGGUGCAGGACCGCGUGUGGGACACGGCGGCCGCCCUGAACCGCUCGGCGGAGCCCAGUCUGCAGAGCCUGGAGCGGCAGCUGGCCACGCGCCCCGAGCCCCUGCGCGCCGUCCAGCGGCUCCAGGGCCUGCUGGGGAAGCUGCUGGCCUACACUGCGGCCAUCCCGUUUUGGAAGAACCCCUCGGUGUCGCUGGAGGCGCUGGCCGAGCACGUGGACCUCUACGACUGGUACAGGUGGCUGGGCUACUUGGGGGUCCUGCUGCUGGACGUGGCCAUCUGCUUGCUGGUGCUCGUUGGCCUCAUCCGCAGCUCCAAGGGCAUCCUGGUGGGGGUCUGCCUGCUGGGGGUCUUGGCCCUCAUCAUCAGCUGGGGUACGCUGGGCUUGGAGCUGGCCGCCGCCGUGGGCUCCAGCGACUUCUGCGUGGACCCCGACACCUAUGUCACACGCAUGGUGGAGGAGCACUGGGUGCUGAGUGGGGACAUCCUGCAGUACUACCUGGCCUGCUCGCCGCGCGCCGCCAACCCCUUCCAGCAGACGCUGUCGGGCAGCCACAAGGCGCUGGUGGAGAUGCAGGACGUGGUGGCCGAGCUGCUGAGGACAGUCCCGAAGGAGAACCCCGCCACCAAGGACCCACUGCUGCGCGUCCAGGAGCUGCUGAACGGCACCGAGGUCAACCUGCAGCACCUCACGGCGCUGGUGGACUGCCGCAGCCUGCACCUGGACUACGUGCAGGCCCUCACGGGUCUCUGCUGCGACGGCGUGGAGGGCCUCAUCUACCUGACGCUCUUCUCCUUCGUCACGGCCCUCAUGUUCAGCUCCAUCGUCUGCAGCAUCCCCCACACCUGGCCGCACAAGAGAGGCCCUGAUGAGGACGGGGAGGAGGAGGCAGCCCCCGGCCCACGGCGGGCGCACGACAGCCUCUACCGCGUGCACAUGCCGAGCUUGUACAGUUGCGGGAGCAGCUACGGCAGCGAGACCAGCGUCCCCGCCGCAGCCCACACAGUCAGCAACGCACCCGUCACCGAGUACAUGAGCCAGAAUGCCAACUUCCAGAGCACCCGCUGUGAGAACACCCCCCUCAUCGGGCGCGAGUCUCCGCCGCCCUCACGCUACCUGGCGGCCCUGGACUCUGCCCGACACUCGGGCUGGCAGUUCCAGCCCCUGGACAGUGGCCGACUGCGGUGGUGGCCUCAGAGCGACAGUACACCUCCAGCAUGAGAGCCAAAUACCUCGCCACCAGCCAGCCGCGCCCCGACUCCAGUGGCAGUGGCCACUAGCCGGCCAGCCGCCCGCCCACGUGCCAACCGCCCCGUCUCCCCGCACCACCGCUGGACGCUCCGCCAUGGGCUCCUCUGCCACUCCCUGGCCUCCUUCCUGCAGGCUGCUCGGACCGUGGACAGCCCGCGGCCCCUCUGCCCGCUUCCGCCUGCAGCCCGCUGGCUCACACUGCCCUGCCCCUGGUGAUUCUCACUCCACAGGCCUCGUGCAACCGGACCCGGACCCGGGGCACCACUUUCUCUGCCCUGCCAGCCUCCAGCCUCACUCUCUCCCUCAGUGUCCCGCAGUGCCCUGGGCCGCUGGCCGCCUUCUCGGUGCCAAACCCCACCCCCCCGCAGGCCUGGCAGUGUCGGCUGUCUUUGCACUAACCUCCUUUGUCACCCUUAGGGCAGGCACGGCCGCCCGUCCCUUCGCUCCCCUUUGCUCCCUGACAGGCGCUGUGUCCCCAGGCCCAACGGGGCGCUCCAGGCUGGCAGCGACGGUGGCGGACAGGGUCUUUGUGGGCUGUGGGACGGGGCAGGGGUUCGGCCCCACGGUGCUUCCAGCGUCCUGCAGGAUAUCUCCCCUGCCCGGGAGACCAGGCCCCCGCCCCCCUUCCCUUCCGGACCAAAUGGGCCGCUGCUGGCCCGAACCACGGAGGGAGCAGAGGGGCCAGCUUGGGUGUCCUGGGGCCCCAGCCUCCAGCUGAGCCCAGCGCGGCCGCCCCUGUCUCCGGCCUGGCACGCCGGCGCCAAGCACAAUGGCUGCCCCGCAAUGUGAAUGCACGGCCCGCGGGCACACCCCUGCCCCCCUUCUGAGUUCUGGGGGCCCCUUCUCAGCCCUCUCCCCUGUACCUGCAGCCCUUCAGUCUGGGGAGGAGGGGAGGAUAUGGGGAGUCUGCAGCGCACUGAGGGGCCAGGCACACCCCCCAAUCCCCCCCGUAGCCUGUGCCCGAGUGGGCCAGUGCGGACGAGGCUGUGAGGGGCUGUCCUGCGGGCCGAGGGCUGGCUGGGUGACAGGCCCAGCUCCACUCAGCACCCCCCAGGCCCUGAUCUGGGCCUCCUCCAGCUCCGUAGGACCGUGGUCAUGUGCUGUCUGCUGUGGUUUUUUUUUUUUAACUGGGUUUUGGGGGUUGGUUUUUUCUUUGGGGGGCUUUAUUUUUGUUGGCAGAUACUAAAAAAUCUCCAUGUAAUUUCUGUGGUUUCUAUUCAGCUUGGGUUUCAUGUUUUAAAAUAAACACAUUUUAAAAAAUCA